CUGUUGAAAAUGUAAUUACCAAAUCAGCAAACACCUGUCGUCGUGACAGAUUCCGAGAAAGACAAAACAAAAAACCCUAUGAACAGUCUCUCCCUUCUUCUUCUUCCUUCCUCGGCUGAUUCCAUUUCUUAGACGCUCGAGUGCUGAUUUCUAGUAGAUCUCGUGAUGGAUUCUGCUAUUGAGAUUAGUUCAGGCAGUAGUAGCAGUAGUGGUAGUGAUGACGAGGUAUCUGAGCCCUCUAGAACCAGAAGCAAUACCGCUUGGCUCUAUGGCAACAGUAGCUUCCCUCAAGCUAAAGCAGCACUUACUACUCUAGCUUCUGGCAGUGGUGGUACCCCAUCUCAGCCAAGAGACUCAGGGAAUGAUAAUGAGAAGCUGUCUUCUCAACAAGCUCAGAAAAGAACCCUCCCACCCUCUUUUAAUCCCCCUCCUACUACUUCUUCAAGAAGUGGUAACAGUACUAGUCCAGCUCUAGGCAACAUGAAUACUACUCCUCGCAGUGAUCCACCGAGUUAUAAGCCAAGAGACUCUACACAAUUUACAGGGAGUGAGAAUGUCGUUAACUCUAAUGUCUCUGGUGUGGCUGAUAAGAAGCUGCCUGCUCAACAAGUUAUGAAAAGAGCCCUUCCACCUUCUUUUAAUGCCCCUCCUGAUCCAUCAAGAAACGUGGGGGAUUAUACUAGUCCAGCUGUAGGCAACAAGAAUAGUUUUGGUGAUGGUUACUACCGUGGAGCUCAUGCUGAGAUUGGAAUCCAGCGUGGCGUGAAUGGGGUGAGGAUCCUGCCUCCAUCUAUGACGCAUGGAGCAUCAUCUGCUUCUCCUUUGCAGUAUGGUGGUCAAAGUGAUCCAAUUCACAGGGUUGUUGGGAUUGUUGAAGACAGGAACUCUGAGAACGAUGAGAGGCUCAUCUAUCAAGCUGCACUACGGGAUUUGAAUCAAUCUAAGAACGAAAUGGAUCUAAGUCCUGGUACUCUUACAGUUUCUCUUAUGAGGCAUCAGAAAAUCGCAUUGGCAUGGAUGUUUCAGAAGGAAACAAGUAGUUUGCACUGCUCGGGAGGGAUAUUAGGAGAUGAUCAGGGACUUGGUAAGACAAUCUCAACGAUUGCUCUUAUCUUGAAGCAAAAGUUUGAGUCACAAAUAAAGUCUGAAAUUUCAAGCAAGCUAGACGCUGAGAUAUUGGACCUGGAUGCUGAUGAUGAGUCCGAAACUCCAAAGCAUGAAAGUGAUGUGAAACCAGAGGUCAAGGUUUCAAGCAACAGUGCUGGUGAUAAUGAUGGGAAUGGCAGUUCAGAUAAGGGGAAAGCCAAAGUUCAAGGAGCGAGUACUUCGAAACGGGAGUUUAACAGAAAGAGGCCACCUGCUGGUACAUUAAUUGUUUGUCCAGCGAGUAUUGUGAGGCAGUGGGCAAGAGAGCUUGAUGAGAAGGUUUCUGAUGAAUCCAAACUUUCGGUUUUGAUCUACCAUGGUGGUUGUAGAACCAAAGAUCCUGUUGAAUUGGCGAGAUAUGAUGUGGUUGUCACAACUUACGCCAUUGUGACCAAUGAAGUACCCAAAGAGUCAUUGGUGGAGGAUGAUGAGGACGAUGAAAAUGAUAACAAAGGUCUCGCUCCUGGCUUCUCCAAGAAGCGUAAAGCUGCAGUGAGUACCAGUAAGAAGAGUAAGAAAAGAGGUAGAAAAGGCAUGGAUGAUUCUUCUUUUGAUUCUGAUUGUGGUGCUCUGUCGAGAGUUGGGUGGCUCAGAGUAGUUCUAGAUGAAGCUCAGACGAUCAAGAAUCAUAGAACACAAGUGGCAAGAGCCUGCUGCACUCUUCGAGCCAAAAGGAGGUGGUGUUUGUCUGGAACGCCGAUACAAAAUACAAUUGAUGAUCUGUAUAGCUACUUUAGAUUCCUUAGGUACAAUCCGUAUGCUGUGUACAAGUCAUUCUACCAUACAAUCAAGGUUCCAAUUUCCAGAAAUUCUCUUAAUGGUUACAAGAAGCUUCAAGCUGUUCUAAGGGCUAUAAUGCUGCGCCGUACCAAAGAAACAUUGCUUGAUGGGCAACCAAUAAUCAAUCUACCUCCAAAGAAAAUUAAUUUGAGAAGGGUAGACUUUUCAGUGGAGGAGCGGUCUUUCUACAAGAAGCUUGAAGCAGAUUCACAAUCACAGUUCAAGGCGUAUGCUGCUGCAGGAACUUUGAGCCAAAACUACGCAAAUAUUCUUCUGAUGCUUUUGCGUCUACGCCAAGCUUGUGACCACCCACAACUUGUGAAGGGAUAUAACUCAGAUCCUGUUGGAAAAGAAUCAAGAGAAGCAGUUAAAAGACUCCCUAGGGAGGCUCGAAUCAGUUUGCUCAAACGUUUAGAGUCAUCAUCUGCCAUCUGCAACAUCUGUAAUGAUCCACCAGAAAACCCUGUUAUUUCGCUGUGUGGCCAUGUAUUUUGCUAUCAGUGUGUUUCAGAACAUAUCAAUGGGGAUGAGAACGUGUGCCCUGUUCGAAGAUGCAGAGAAGACUUUGGGCGUGAUGUUGUUUUCUCCAAAUCCGCCCUUAGAAGUUCUACCACUAAUGAUUUAGGCUCUAGUUCUUCACAGCACAAAUCUUUUUCUCAAAAAAGCGAGUUUAGCUCAUCAAAAAUCAAAGCUGUCCUAGAUAUUCUGCAGUCGCUUUCCAAACAAGGCAGACGAAACACAGGUCGAAGGCCUUCUUCCUUACUGCCACAUGAAGAUGAUGAUGAUGACGACGUUACUAUUGUAGAGCCAACGACUCUUCACUCGUCUUCACCUAGCCAGGGGCCAAUAAAGACGAUAGUGUUCUCUCAGUGGACUGGUAUGCUUGACUUGGUUGAGCAUAGUUUUAUUGAAAAUGGUAUAGAGUUCAGAAGAUUAGAUGGUACAAUGAGUCUAUUAGCAAGAGACAGGGCUGUAAAAGAAUUCAGCAAAGAUCCAGAUGUAGAGGUGAUGCUGAUGUCGCUAAAAGCUGGAAACCUUGGGUUGAAUAUGGUAGCAGCAUGUCAUGUUAUACUUUUGGAUCUUUGGUGGAAUCCAACAACCGAAGAUCAAGCGGUUGAUCGUGCACAUCGUAUUGGACAAACUCGGCCAGUUAGUGUAACUCGUGUCACUAUAAAAGAUACCAUUGAGGAUAAGAUUUUGUCUCUUCAGGAAGAGAAAAGGAAAAUGGUUGCAUCUGCAUUUGGUGAAGAACAUGGUGGAAGCUCUGCAACUAAACUGACAGUAGAUGAUCUCAAAUAUCUUUUUAUGCCGUAGACCAACUGGUUAUAAUGGCUACUUGAAAUAGGUUGCAUAGUACUAUUAAUAUUGGAGAUUAUGCCCAGCGUUUUUUUGAUCAAGAAGAAACCCUCUAAGCUGCUUUUGUAACUGAAACUUCGAUGCUGUGGCUCUCCUUAGGAUUUCGUGUUUUUGGUUUUGUGAGACUUGUAGCUAGAGUCUAGGUCUUUUGUGUUUCGGAGAUGCAUUGACUGGGAAGCAUGCCAUUAUGUAAAUAACUAAAUCGUUUCAUGGUAUAUAUACCUAGUAGAAGUUUUAACGGUAAAACUAAAGGAUCAGCUGAUCUUAUUUUUCU